AUGAGUGAAGCACAUCAACGACAACUCUUGCUCUUUGCUGAAACUCCACAUGUCUACUUGAAGGAGUAUAGCAAAGAGUUCCAGAAGGGUUUCCUGCUUGUGUUGAAAAAUACGUUCGGAACGAAGCGAGUUCGUGCCAACGAAGUCUAUCAAGAGUAUAUCCGUGACAAGUUGCACGUUCAUAUGAAUUCAACCACAUGGCACACUCUCACUAACUUUAUCAACUAUCUCGGUUCGGAGGGAAUAUGCCGGGUGGAUCUGACCGAAAAAGGUUGGUUUAUAGCGUUGAUUGAUCAAGAAGAAGAGAUGCGUAAGGCUGAGGCAGCGCAAAAAGUGAAGGCAAACUACGAUGAUGAACAACAUCAUCAACAGCUGCUAGCGGAACGUGCGGAAAGGUCGGAUUGA